AUGUAGAUCCGUUUCUAUGCACGCACGUGAUCUAUGCCUUCGCCAAUGUGGAAUCCAAUAACAUCAAACCAUAUGAAUGGAAUGAUCUUAAUAGUGCAUGGAAACAAGGUCAGUAUGCUAUGAUGCAUGAUGUAAGAAGUAAAAAUCCUGACUUAAAACUACUGUUAGCUGUUGGGGGAUGGAAUCAUGGUACUAAACCAUUUACCAGUAUGGUGGCAAACCAAGCAAAUUUAGAUGCAUUUGCUACAAAUUCAAUAAAAUUCCUUAGACAAAAUGGUUUUGAUGGUCUUGACUUAGAUUGGGAAUAUCCUGCCAACAGAGGGAGCCCUCCAGAGGACAGACAGAGAUUUACUUCUUUAGUUAAGACAUUACGAACAAAAUAUGACAGUGAAGAUUUAAGAAAUGGUAGUUCUCGUCUGUUGUUAACAGCAGCAGUGGCAGCCAGUAAGCCGGAAAUAGAGACUGCGUACGAAAUCAGCAAAAUAGCAGAAUAUUUGGACUUUAUAAAUCUAAUGGCGUUUGACAUGAAUAGUGAUUUUUAUAAUGGAACACAAUGUAAUACUCCACUAUAUAAAUCACAAACUCCGUACGAGGCUAAUAAUGUGGAUUUUGCUGUUAAAAAGUGGUUGGAUGGCGGUACUCCAAAAGAAAAACUUAUAAUGGGUAUGGCAACAUAUGGAAGGUCUUUUGUAUUGAAUAAUACAUCUGAGACAGGAUUGGGUGCUCCUACUGCUGGCCAGGGUACUGCAGGUUUAACCAUAAAAGAAAAGGGAUUCUUAUCAUAUUAUGAGAUCUGCUAUGACAUAAUGUAUCAGAAUUGGACAGAAGUUUGGCUCGAUGAACAGAAAGUACCAUAUGCCUACCAUGAUAACCAGUGGAUCUCCUUUGAAACUCCGAAAAGUAUUGCCAUUAAAACAAAAUAUAUUAUGGACCUAGGUUUAGGAGGAGGUAUGAUGUGGGCAUUAGAUCUAGAUGAUUUCCAUGGCGUUUGUGGGCAAGGCAAAAACCCUUUAAUUAAAACAAUGAAAGAUGUUUUCAGUGGAAAACCAGGACUCGAUUUUGUACCAACUGUACUACCAGUUGUUGGAUAAUAUCAUUAGACAUGAUGUCAAUAAUACUAGGGAGACACAGAUAGUGAAUGUGACACUACAUUGUAAAUAAUAAAUACUAACUAUUAAUCAAUAAUUUAAAGAUGGAAAUUUUUUUGUAGUCAAUAACUUGCUAUAUAAGUUUUUGGUGACUGCAAUAAAAAGCCAGAAUGCACGUGCUGUCGUGCUAAGCAAAUCCCACUUUCUAUCUCAAAAUAUCGGAAAUUAGGAAAAAGGUGUCUGACAGAUCCGUAAAGCGCAUAUACAUUACAUUUUAUCGCUGUUCAGCUCUUUGACAAAUAUGGAGUCAUCCUAAUUAGUAGUAUUUGGGAAAUAUCUGACCAAAAGUUUAAGAUCAUUCAUCAUAUUAGAAAAUUCAAGGUAAUGGCAAACAGGAAGUUGGUAUUUGACAGAUCCAAAAAAUACACCACUGUCAGUCUGCUGACCAAUAUAAAGUCAUUCUAAUCACUUGUUUCUGAGUAAAGUGUGACGAAAAUAGUUGUUGGACGAACAGACGGACAAACAUACGGACCAGAUGAUUGCAACAAUGAACGAGGAAUGUGGUAUGAUAAAGGCAAAGGCUAACCUUCUGUAGCAGUUUUUUGAUCAUAUGAAUAAAUUUAAAAUUUUGAUAAAGAGUUACUACACAAAGUUAUCAAUCUGUUAAAUGGAUUUCAAUGAGAAAUGUUAGGGAGAGGCGAUGGCCAUUAUCUUUGUCAACAAAAGGUGAAGUGUUGAAAUUUUAAUAUAACAGUCAAUAUGACCAUCGCGUUUGUUAAAAAGGCCAUAUUAAGUAGCAGAUUGGUAAAUGUCUUUUGUCUAACCCUUAUUUAUAAUCCUUGUUACUGGUAAAACUAUUAUUUCUUUAUCAUAACCGUACAUUUUUUCAGUGCAAAUGAUAAAAAGUAAAAUAACUCCUAGGAAAAUUCAAAACGGAAAGUCCCUUAGCAAAUGGCAAACUCGAAAGAUCAAACACAUACAGGCAUUUCCUUAUGUAGAGAAUUGUGGAUCAAACCUGGUUGUAUAGCUAGCGAUACCUCUCUCUUGUAUGACAGUCGCAUAAAAUUCCAUAAUAUUGACAACAAUGUGUGAGCAAAACAAAUAGACAUUAUAGGUAAAAAUGUCAAAUAUUGGGGUACAACAGUCAACAUUUAGCUAUAAUCUUACUCACUAUAAAAACAAACAACUAUGUCAACAUAGAAAAAAUAAAAUGAAAUGUAGACACUCUAUAGACAAAGCACAUAAACAAAAAUGAAAUACAAGAAUGCAAUAAAUGGUUAUAGCAAAUUAACACCAUGAUGAAAGACAAUUACUUACUUAAAACGCAGAUAUUUGAAAGAAAAGAAACAAUAUAAAAAAACCCUUGCAGAUAUGAGGAUGACCACAUGUGCUCCAUAAGGUCGGGAAAGUAUUGCGGUAUUUUUGCUUCUUCUUCAGAUAUAGUUUCAACUUCAUGGUAUUGAAGAUUACGAUCUGUUGCAUAAUUUAGAAAUUGUCUGGAAUAUUUUGUUAUGUGUUUUUUUUAUUCUAGUAUUUGUUAGCUUGAGGACUAGCGACAAACGACUUUAAGGAAUUUAAUCAGCCUGGUGUUUAUCUUUGUUCUUACACUACUAUUAUUUGUCCUAUUCCUGAUUGUGACAUUUUGAUAGGUUCAAAUUGUCGUAACUACAAUACCGUCCCCUUUUCCCUGAAUGUGACCUACCGAAUUAGAAUUAUCACCUGGUUUGUACUAACAUGAGCAACACGACAGGUGCCACAUGUGGAGCAGGAUCUGCUUACCCGUCUGGAGCACAUGAGAUCUACCCGAGUUUUGGUGGGGUUCGUGUUACUCUGUCUUUGGUUUUCUAUGUUAUGUUUUAUGUACUGUAGUUUGUCUGUUUGUCUGUUUGUUUUUUUGUUUUUUAGCCAUGGCAUUGUCAGUUGAUUUUCGACUUAUGAGUUUGAAUGUCCCUUUUAUAUCCUUCGCCCCUUUUUGACUGAGGGUGAAUUCACAUGACGAGUGAUGCAUGAAUAGCAGAAGAUGCUUACCCUGUCGACACACCCGUCUCGCUCUUUUAUGAGUUCAUACGGUUCCCUCGGUUUUUGUUUGUUCCUUUGAUUUUUCUCUUCCUAAAAGAGUUACGAGAUUUGAACAUCAGUAAACUACUGUCACUUUAGUUCAUGAUAUAUGUUACAUAAAUAACGGGCAGCACACCUCUGAUCCAUUUCUAGUUGUAUUUUCUUGUAUGAGGAUCCCACAAACAGCAGAUGUGGUCUCACUGUGUACUGAUAUGCACAUGAUUUGAUGUUUUUGUUUGAUACUUUUAUACUUUUAUUUGACUCUAAGGUAACACCAAGAUAUUUUGCUGAUUUAACAAAGUCUAAAGUAUGGUCAUGCAGGAUGGUAUUAUGCCUAAAUGAAUUGUAUGUCUGUGUAAUGGUUAGAACAGCGCAUUUGCCAGGAUGGAAGGCUAAUCGACCUCCCAUUUAGCAGUGGAAUCAAUUUCUGCUUGUAGUUUUGUGCAAUGUUGUUUUGUACCCAUAUGCAUGGAAAACCUUAGCCGUAUUUUGAAGAUCUUCUUGACAUUUUGGUUUCUAUGUUUUCAACUGCGCAUUGGAUUUGGUCUACUAGCUGUAUUGAUUCUUGUCUUAAAUUACGGGAGAAAGUAAGCAUCCAUGACUCCUGCAUUAUGUAAAUGUUAAAAAUAUUACCUUAAUAUUUAGUUAACGGUAUUAUCAAAGCUAGACAAUAUGUUAACAAGAGGAAUAAAGUAAAAUCAUAAGUGACUAAUGACAUAAUUAGUUAAUUGUGUAAAUAGAAACAUUUCUAUUUAUA